AUGAAGGAUAAGAUGAUGAUUGAAAGACAAAACUCGGGCGUCUUGGGACCCAAGAGAUUAGGCGACUUCUUGCUUCCGCUUCAGGUUACUCUGCUUGUGUUUUCUGGACUUCUGGUGAUGCAAAUGUCUCGCCCAACAACUCUUGAGGCAUCGGAAGAGCGAAAUCUAUUAGCAUCUCGUCCUCGCAGACUUCGACAAACGCCAACUGUAAUUGCGUCUCAUAUUGACUACAAGAGGAAAAGGGCAGUUAUUGAUGCUCUGCAGAAACUGUACGAAGGAUCCACAUUGGACAAGGCCUAUGUUCAAGAGCUUCUGAAAGAUGGAAAGCAACUGCUUUCUCAGAGUGAUACAAUCUACCAUAUUUCACUGCCCACGAUAGGGCUUGAGGAAGAUGCUGAAGCAAGCAAGAAAGGAAUAACAGUUGUGGGGGACAUACAUGGUGACUUCUUCAACAUGAUCCAUCUCUUCAAGAUCAACGGCUUUCCUUCUCUCGGGAGGCCAUACAUUUUCAAUGGCGACUUUACCGAUAGAGGAGAUCAGAGUUUGCAAUGUCUUUUGGGAUUGCUCUUGAUCAAACGAUACUGUAACGAGUGCAUACAUUUGCAUACUGGAAAUCACGAGACAUGGAUGUUCUACACAGAAACACUCAAAACCCAAGUGACAGAAGUGUAUGAUUGGAAGACAUAUCAAUUGGUUCGAGAAGUUCUGCUUCAACUUCCGCUGGGGGCAAUUGUUGAUGGCAGGAUCUUUGUAGUUCAUGGUGGCAUUCCAAUGAAUGGUUUCAAUCUCAACGAUCUCCGACAUUACCAACGAGGACUGGACGUAGAUGAUCAAUCAAAAGAAGGAUACUUGUUUCGACGUAGUGUGUGGUCAGAUCCUGAAAGUGAUGACGAUGACGACGAGAAAGAUGAUGACGAUGAUGACUUCUUCACUAAAGAGCAAGUCUCUACGCGGGCAGCCGAGAGGAUAGCCAGAUACGACUUUGAGAUCGAUGAAGAAAACGAUGACGACAGAGGUUGGUAUACGUCUGCGACAACCAAAGGCUUUCUAGAGAAAAAUGGUCUCGAGUACGUUGUCCGAGCACAUCAGAGUGUCUCCGCUGGAUUCCGUUACCACCACGAUGGUAAAGUCCUCACUAUCCACUCGUUUCCAAAGAAGGCUACAGAUAGCGGGGCGUACCUGAACAUCUACUCCAACGAUAGAUCGAUGAACGUUGAGCAAUUUGCAGGUGUGAAACACACAUCAAUAAAUCAUCAAUCGAAGCUCGACUGGCGAGCAUUGUAA